AUGUCGGCGAAUAUAGUUUAUAACGACUAUGUGAGUGUGUCGAAAGUAUGGAAACACUUUUUAAGAGCAGAAAAUGGAUUGAGUGCUAAGUGCAAACUUUGUAAAAGGAUUCUUAAAACCAAAGAUCGAUCUCCGCGUGGCUUACAUGUGCAUUUAAAAUCGAUUCACAAAAUUGAUACAAAAACGAAGAAUGUGGUAGAAGUAAGCAAGGUGCAAGUCAUAUCACCGCCGCCGUUGCCGCCACCAUCUUCAAAUACUGGGUCUACUAAUCAAAACAUGGAAUUAGUAACAGCAUCCGCAUCUACGUCAAAUGUUAGUACAGAAUCACCAGAAUCGUCGGCACCAGCGCCAUCAGCAAGAAAGAAGAGGCAAAAAAUUACUGAUCACUUCCUCCCGGUUGAAGAUACUUCUAUGGAGAAAAAAGUAUCAAGAAUGGUAGCUAAAGAUGGAAUACCUUUUCGUGUUUUUUGUACCUGCAAAGAUAUGAGAGAUCUCUUUAAUUCUUCGAGACACAAACUGCCUAAGUCCCCAAACACAAUUAAACUUAUAGUUAUGAAUUAUGGCAUGACAUUGAAAAUGAAAAUAAUGCGUGAACUGGCUCAGCUGAAGGAGAAUGAUCACAGAUUUACUCUACCAUUUGAUGAGUGGACUUCUUCUAUGAACAAGCGAUACAUGAAUGUAAAUGUACACACAUUUUUGAACGGCAAUGCUGUAUAUUGGAAUUUAGGGCUGAUUCGCGUCUUUGGAAGUAUGCCUGCUGAAAGUGGUGUCAGUAUUUUGAAAACAAAAUUAACCGAAUUUGGCCUUAUUCUGGAAAAAGAUAUUAUCAAUAUUACUACAGAUGGGGCAAGUGUGAUGAAAAAGUUGGGUCGAUUGAUAUCACUUUCACAUCAGCUCUGCUAUGCCCAUGGAGUUCAACUUGGCAUAAUAGAUACUAUUUAUAAAAAACAAACUGAUGUUGAGAAACCUGUUAUAGAAUCUGAAAAUGAAGAAAACGGCGAUGAGAUUUAUUUUGAAAUGGACGAAAUAUCUACUACAGACUCAGACUCAGAAGAUGAUGUUUUUCAUUGCUCUAUACCCAGAAUAGAAGUAGACCUAGAUGCAGAAUAUGCGGGUAUUAUUGAGAAAGUUAGGAAAUUGGUAAAAUUUUUAAAAGAUCACCUACUAAAACUGAUACUCUGCAUUUGCAGCAAGCAAGAAUUUGGAAAAGAUAUAAAGUUACAACUUGAUUGUGAAACUCGAUGGUCGAGCCUAGCAGACAUGAUUUCUACAUUUAAUAGAAUCAAGCUGUGUGUCAGCAAAGCUUUGAUCGACCUGGGCCUGGAAGCUGAUCCGAACUACUCUUUGAGUGCGGAAGAACAUGCGGUUUUAGUGAACUUAGACAAGGCAUUUCAACCUGUAAAACUCGCUGUGGAGGUGUUAUGUCGUCGAGAUACUGACUUGGCUAUCGCAGAAACAACACUUAGGUUUAUGAUUCGUAAACUUGAAGAGCUAAAAACUCCAUUGGCAGAAAAACUAGCUGGCUCCUUGAGAAAGCGCAUUGUUGAGCGUCGAACGAAUUUGACAGCAUGCUUGUUAUAUAUUAGAGAUCCAGCUAAAUACCAAGCAAAUAAAGAAGAGUUUGCGAAAGACGAAACCUUUAAAUUGCCUCCGAAAAAUGUGGUUCGAACUGAAAUUAAAUCACUUAUAGAGCGCUUGCAUUCGCAACACAGUCUGAUCAAUUCACAGACACAGACAAAUUCAGAUCCAUCUUGGUCGAUUGCAUCAACAUCAGCUGACACCGCUAAUGAUAAUGCUGAAUUUAAUGAUCAAGAUAAUAAACCGCUUUCAUCUCUUUCUGAGACACGCAAGAGUAUUUCAUUGCAAGAAGAACUUCAGGAAACAUUAACUGCUGCGUUCAAAGAACCUAGAGAUAGAAAACUAACUACGAAUUCGCUGGAGUCAUUAAUCAAAAAGGAAAUGAAAUUAUACGAGUCCGGAGGGUCAAAAGGCGAACUUUUACAGUUCGCGGAUGACUGCCUGAGAUCUGUGGUUCCAACUAGCCACCAAGUGACGAAGAGGCCGAGUUUUCACCUACAGCAAAAAACACUACGUUCAAGUCCUAGAUUAAAACCUCUUGAUCAGAGACUUGCGUCCACUUAG